UGCGACGUGGGGGUGUCCCUGCCCCUGGACGAGAACAUGACAGUGAGCGACCCCCGGCUGUGCUACGUGGGCACCGAGCCCUGGAAGCCCAAGGAGGCGCUGGAGGAGGGCGGCGUCAUCACGGACAAGGCCGACAUCUUCGCCUUCGGGCUGACGCUGUGGGAGAUGAUGACCCUGAGCAUCCCCCACCUGGACCUGGGCCCCGACACCGGGGAUGAAGAGGAUUCCCUGGCCGAGGAUCUGUUCGACGAGGACGCUUUUUACGCCGCCCUGGGGACGCGCCCGGCCCUGAACCUGGAGGAGCUGGAGCCGUCCCACCAGCCCCUCAUCGACCUGUUCUCCGUCUGCACCGCCCAGGAUCCCAAAAAACGGCCCUCGGCCGCGCGCAUCCUGCAGGUGCUCGAGGGGAUGGAGCCCCCGCUCUGA